AUAAGUUCUACGGUAACUUAAGUUAGUGAUGCGAUGGUAAGCACGAUGGACUCGCUCGUACUAGUGAAACGAGAGCAAAUUUGAAUGGUUAACGUUUUUGAAAUUAACACAAGGGUUAAAGAGAAGCAAAGCGUUCGCUUGAUUGUUAACUGAUUUUUUUUCAAACUAGGGAUCCUUGAUAAUAGCUGCCAGCAUAUUUUUAAGUAGUUUUUCAUUAACAUUUGCACGGAUUUAUGGCGAUUUUAACAAUUUAGGGUUUAAAGGUUAACCCUUAUUUUAUCAUUUUUUAAUUUUAGUACUUCGAUUGAGCGAACAUUUUACAAUGCAUUUUAUAGAUAGUUUUCGAUUCAAUGGAGUUUAAGCAGAUAAGAUGAUAGAAAGAUAAAUUUGAUUUUGGGCGUACUUUUAAUGUAAAUUCGAUUACACGUGUUUGAUUGUGAUUUUGAUUAAUAUUAGUUCACACGACACCGUCUUAAAAAUGUAAAAAAAAGUUGCAUAACUCGGGCUAAUUUAUAAUCAGUGCGUUUGAUGAGAUGUGAUUGGGAGAAAAUGCAUGGAUGUAUAAAAAUGGAAUUGGAAAGAUUUACCUCAGUGUGUACAAAGAAAUGAACCAUGGAUUGACGUUCCACUACGACUCAUUCAUUCGUAGACUAGGAAAAAAAAACGUACUUAUAUAAAUAAAGGAAGAUCACUGGGAAAGUAUCAAACACUAUUGAUCAGAUGACGAUCACGGGAAUUAUUGUAUUUAGUAAGAGUUUGGAUUAUUUAAGUGACAUAAUGAUGCUUGAUCAGACUUAAGCGUAUGGUCGCAGUAAAUUACCGUAGGUUAUCCGAGACAAUGAAUGAGGCGUCUUUACUCUGCUGUUUGUUGUUAGUAAUAGUGUUAAUGAUGACAAAAUGCAAUGCUAGGAGUAAACUCUCUCUCUGGAUAGACGAGGGACAAGUGCAAACAAUUACAAAAAAUGUUGCAGGGCUUCCUAUGCACUUAUACAUCAUACACGAAGGAAUUUUAGUGUAUUAUAUGAAUGACGUGGAUUUAAUAUCAAACCUACCUAUCUUAGAAUCAGACAUUGAUACUGUGAAUCUAACUUGGGAAGCGGGAGAUGAACAGUAUACAUAUUGGUUUGAUAAUCUCAAGUCGAAGAACAAGACGAUUUUGUACAACCCACUUCUGAGCAUUCCUGCAUCCGGUAUCAUACCAAAAGGACCAAAAGUAUUCCAGAUGUCAAUUCCUUGUACGGGCAAAGAUGAGGGUGUGGCACAUCUUAUACUGGGUUUAAGAAUUAUGGACCAGAACAACAAGGCAAUCAAGGGAUCUCCUAUUAAACUUAGAUUACGAAAACGAUGUUUUAAAUUUGAAACUACAACAUUGUGUAAAAUGCCCUGUCAGAAUGGUGGCCGUUGUAAUCAGAUCGGAGAGUGUGAAUGCCCGCAGGGCUAUCAUGGACAAUACUGUGAAAUAGAUAUGUGCAAUCCAAAAUGUGAAAACAAUGGCACGUGUAUAUCCCCUGAUAUGUGUCUUUGUUUAGACGGCUUUUAUGGGAAGCGUUGCGAGAAAGGUAACCGAAAACACAAAUGCAUGCAUGUUCACCAUAUGCCUGACACAGCUUUGUGUAUUAAUCCAUGCCAGAAUGGAGGCCGCUGUGUAGCCUCGGAUGCUCAAAAAUCAGGUGUCUGUUGGUGUACAAGUGGUUUCUAUGGCGAAGCUUGUGAAUUUAGUUGGUGUGUCGAGCCAUGCCAGCAUGGUGGACUGUGCAUUGGCACCAACAAGUGUAACUGUAAAUCGGGCUUCAGUGGAAAGCAGUGUGAAAAUAAGGAUAAACGGCCUAAAAGAGUUGCGGAAUUAAUAAAAGAGAAGAGGAGACAGGAAACAUGUGAUAGACUUCCACAAGAAAUUAAAAAGAUUUGUGUUAAAAGCAAACGCUGUAAAACUAAACAGGAAAGAACGUCUAAAAAAUGUAAAUCGAAGAAUGUGUCUCGAUUUAAAAAAUGUAAAAAGCGGCAAGAAAAUUUAGCAGCAAGGUGCCUAAAACAACGGAAAAAGCGCCGUAAACGAAGGAAAAGAUGCCAAAAGAAACAGAAAGCUUUCGCGAAAAAGUGUUCUCAUUACCGGAACAAUCGGAAUAAAGUGGAUUAACGUAAUGUAACGGGAUUACAGGGUGUUUUAAUUUUAAAUGGAAACGCGGGUAAAUUUUUAUUUAAAACUGUACAUAGUAUGACACUAUCAAUUGACGCAUUUAUAUUGACUAUUUAAAAUUACUUUUUUUAUAUCAAUUGCAUUUUGAAGCAACAAUAGAAGUUGCGACUUUGUUGUAAUACAAUGUAGUACGAUAUACUUGAA